AUGGAAACAUCUACAGAUAUUGUGAUUAGUUGUGGUAUAAUUCAAUCUUUGUCUAUUCUUAGCAAUGACUCACCUUUAAAGAGGGUUAAUGUUAUAGUAGCUCGUAAAAUGGUGGCAGCAGUAAGUAGCUCUAAUGAAGGAAAGGAGAAUAUUCUAUGUAACAUGGAAGACUUAGAGGAAUCUGUGGAUCCGAAACUUGAACAAGUGAAUAUUGAGGCUGGUGUUUCUCCUAAGUCAAAGUGUAAAAGUAUGAAGAAAGGCAAAAAGGCUAUGAUCCAGCAGAUGAAAGAAGCUUUAUCAGUAUGGAGUAAGGAAGCUUUUAGUGACAUUUUCAGGCAACUCAUAAUUAUGGAGGAUAUUGUGAGAAUUAAAGAGCAACUCUUUGAAGAAGAACCUACAGUGGAGAAUAGAACUGUCCUACAAUUGUGUGCUUUGCCUAAAUUUGAAGAAGUAAAAAGAGCAGUAUUUGAGCUUAGGGGUGACAAUGUUUGUGGUCCAGAUGGACUUUCAGGUACAUUCUAUCAUGCAUGUUGGGAUAUAAUAGGUGUGGAUGUCUUUAUGUUGGUCAAGGCAUUUUAUGAAGGGCAUACACUUCCUAAAUCAAUUACUCAUACUAAUCUUGUACUUCUUCCAAAGAAACCACUUGUUCAAAGUUUUGCUGAUCUCAGGCCUAUCAGCUUGAGCAAUUUUAUCAAUAAGGUGAUUUCAAGAGUGUUACAUGCGAGGCUUUAUAGUAUUUUACCACAGUUGAUAUCCAUUAAUCAAUCAGGUUUUGUUAAAAGAAGAAGUAUUAUUGAAAAUGUAUUGCUUACACAAGAACUAGUGACUGAUAUUAGGAAGAAAGGAAGAUCUACAAAUGUUAUUAUAAAGUUAGAUAUGGCCAAGGCCUAUGAUCUAACUAAGGUUAUGGAGAAAUGGGCUUUGCAGGAGAAUUUGUGGAUUAGAUUUGGAGAUUGUUGGCCAACAAUUGCUGUAGAAGUUUUGUCAAGAAGCGUUAACUCUUUAUUUGAGGAUGAGCAAUACAGAAGCUAUGGAAUGCCAAAGUGGAGUGCCAAUUUAAACCGCUUGGCCCAUUCUGAUGAUACUGUCAUUUUUACUUCUACUGAUAAGGUUUCUUUGGAGAUGAUUAUGUCUAUAUUGAAGGAAUAUGAGAAGGUGUCAGGGCAGUUGAUCAAUAGGGACAAAAGUUCUUUUUAUAUGCAUCAGAAUACAACAGCUUCUUUGUUUCAAGAGGUUGAAAACAUUACUGGAUUUUCUAGAGCUCAUGAAGGUGGCUUGGGGUUUAGAUCUUUAUUUGAUAUGUCUAAGGCCUUGUUUACAAAGUUAUGGUGGAGGUUUAGAACAGGAGGGACUAUAUGGGCCACUUAUAUGUGGAACAAGUAUUGUAAAAGGAAGAUUCCGACUCUGGUACAAUGGAAUGGAGGCUCACAACUUUGGAAAAACAUGUUGGAGGCCAGAGAUGCAAUUGAGCAUGAAUAUGGUGGGAACCAAUAG